UGUUUUCACUUCAAAAUCUCUGAAAAUUUCCACCUCUCCUCCCUCCCUCUGUCGCGCCCUGCCCCCGCUCCAUCCGCGCGCUCGCGCCGGCGGGCUCGCUGAAGCGGCCGCCAGCGUGCUCGCUCCGGCGCUAAAGGGUCCUGCGUCGGCGCUCCUCUUCGGUUCCCCUCCGCCCUCUGCGUCUUGCUCUGUGGCGGACGAGGCCGACGCUCCGGCCGUGUCUCGUCGGGCGGAGCUAGGGUUUCGUUGCUUCAGGGGCGGCUCAGGAUCGGCGAGAUCUAGGGUCAGGAGAAGUGUUUCGAAUUUUGAAGAGGGGAGAUUGUACUGGAAGCUGCUGCUGAUAUUGCAAAACAAUGAAAGCUCAUCAGCAUCAAAGUAAUGCAUCUGGCACAGGAGCAAAUACCAAAUCUGGUUCUGAUAAGAUUCAAAGCCUGAAAGCUAGUGCACAUAUCAACAAAUCAUCAGGCAAUAUGGCUGCAAAGCGCAGAAAGGGAGCCGAUUUCUCUCCUUUUGAAUCACAUACCGAAAGCAAGAUAGCAUUAAAGACUGGCAGUCUUAUGCAAGCACCAUCCAGUGAUGCUAUCAUGUUAUCUGCUCGGCCACCUAAUCCCUCUGGAAAGAUCAAACUUCAACUUUUCCCAAUAGAUGAGACCAUUCAAGAGAUUAUGCAGCAAGAAAAACACAACCCUUACCUUGAAUUGACUUUGGCUCCUCGAAAGAAGAUGUCCUCAAUUGUACAGCAUCUGAAUACAAAAUGGGGCAGUUCUCAGUGUGCAAAAGGCGAGCUCAUGCUCUUCCCUAAUGAUACUAGACUGGACACUAUAUGUGGCAGUGCAAGAUGGACUCUUGAGGAUUCUUGCACAGCAGCUGAUGUGCAUGUUACAGUUGGCUCCCCUUCAACAUUUCGUUUAAGGUAUGGUUGGUUUGGCUCUGAUUUGAAGCAACAAAGUAGUGAACCAUCCUUGGCAACAGCACACCCCACAGACAAGAGUAUUGGCAGCAAGCCUCCUGAUCUUGUUUUCGAUGAACAUAAACUGGCUGGUUCGGGUGAAUUUCCUAAUAAUUUUGUGACACCUACUGUUGCGAAUAAAACAAAUACUUCACAAGUGGUGGAUAAUCCAAGCAAGGUGGCACCACUUUCUUGGCUUGACUCCAUAUCUAAUAUUAGUUUUGGAGCACUGUUAUCUGAAGCUGCGCCUUCUCAAGACAGCAAGCAACCGCCUUCACAAAAUAACACUUGUCUCCAGCAGAUCCCUGUCACAUGUGAUUCAUUUGAUGCUGCUAUUGCUUCACUGAUUGCGCGUCAGCAACCAAGUAGCCAACCAAAGGUGUUAAAUCCUUCCCUUUGGGAAGCUGAAGAAACUUGCCAUGCAUUUGCCUUCCAGAAUCAAACUUCACAAGCAUCAAGUUCAGUUCCUGGCAACAGCAUGGCUGCUAUGACCCCAUCUGUCUUGUGUGCAAUUCCAGAAACUGGCACAGAUGAUCAGCAAUGUGCUACUGAUGGUAGGAUGGAGGAACUAAACGGUCAAACAUCAGUACUGGGCGAUGGUAUUAAUGCAGAGCCCUCAAUGCAUGAGUCAGCUGGCAACCCAGAGCCUGAAGCAUCUUGCCCCAGACUCUUGAGUGGAACCGACAGUAUAGGACUAAGCUCUUUGCUCACUGACAGCCUGGAUGCAUUCCAGAAAUUCUCUGUUUUCUGAAGCUCAUACGUCCAUGAAGAAAAACUACGGGUUUAUACAAUAUAGUCAUAUGGACUAAGUGAAGGUAUAUAUUAACCAGGUUUCUGCUUCAUGAACAUUUGUUCUUUGGAACAUUGAUCUUCUGAGGUAUUAGAGGGCAAUAACAAUUAACAAGUGGUAAUAUGGCUGUUUUGCUGUAAUGUGAGUUGUUGGGCGUUGCGACUUUUUGCUACACUCCUUUUUUUUUAGUCAAGAGGAGUAACCAAAACAUGCUCAAACUUGAGCCAACCAUUUUAGCAGCUCGACCUGGGUCUGGCGGGGCGGGCAUGGCCUGUUGGAUAAAUCUACUCUUGCGUGCUGUACCUCAGCUGUGCAGAGGUCGCUGUCCUGACCACAUUAAAAUUCCUACUUGCUGUCGAUGUCGUAAUUAUUCCUCGUUGGCUACCUGUAUCAUUGUAUCGUUGGGAGUUGCCCCUUUUUAAAGGGAAAAAAUCAUUGAAACAAUACUGGAAGGAUCA